UUUAGAUUUUGAGCUAGAGAUCACGCAACGAACAAAUUCGGUGUUUCAUUGUCAUUCAAAAAACUGAGCAACAAUGGGAAGAGUUAUCCGUGCACAACGUAAAGGUGCUGGAUCUGUUUUCAAAGCCAGUGUAACACAUCGAAAGGGGGCGGCCAAAUUUCGUCCAUUGGAUUUUGCUGAACGGGAAGGUUACAUCAAAGGUGUGGUUAAGGAUAUCGUACACGAUCCAGGACGUGGAGCUCCAUUAGCAUGUGUUCAUUUCCGUGACGCGUACAGGUACAAAACGCACAGGCAACUGUUUAUCGCCGCAGAGGGUAUGUACACCGGCCAAUUCGUGUACUGUGGACGCAAAGCCAACUUACAAGUCGGCAAUGUUUUGCCAUUGUCAGCCAUGCCGGAAGGAACGAUACUAUGUAACUUGGAAGAAAGAACAGGCGAUCGUGGCGCUUUGGCACGUACCUCUGGAAAUUAUGCAACAGUGGUUGCCCACAAUCCAGAAACGAAAAGGACCAGAGUAAGGUUACCGUCUGGUGCAAAGAAAAAUCUUCCGUCGGUUAAUCGUGGAAUGGUUGGUAUCGUUGCUGGUGGUGGACGUAUUGAUAAGCCGAUUUUGAAAGCGGGUCGAGCGUACCACAAAUAUAAGGCGAAACGCAAUUGCUGGCCAAAAGUACGAGGUGUUGCUAUGAACCCCGUCGAACAUCCUCACGGUGGUGGCAAUCAUCAACACAUUGGCAAAGCAUCGACCGUGUCACGUCAUGCACCUGCUGGCCGUAAAGUUGGUCUAAUUGCUGCUCGAAGAACUGGACGAAUUCGUGGUGGCAAGGUCGUAACGAAGAAAGAGGUGGCCUAGUAAUGCUCGAUUGAUAUGACAGAGAAUCAUCUUAGCUGUUGUUUGUGUAUCAAGCAAUACGCCAUUUUGUUACGUUAGGCAAAUAUUAUUUCCCUAGAGCGAUAAUUUUAGUUGUAAAUUUGUUAUUUACUUCAACAAUAUUCGGUCACGUGCUGUCCCAUCAUCAGUUGAUGUAUUUUUUGUUGUUGUCGCACAGAUUUGUUUUUUUAUAUGCUGGGCUGCGUUUCGUAGGACAAGACUUACGACUAGAGUGAAUUUUAAUUAUGCUGCGACCACACCACGAUCAUAAUAAGACAACAACAAAAAAAACGUAACUUUGCAUCAGUCAUUUUGUUAGACUCACUAUUCUGUUCUUGAAGAUCUCAGCGUCGCA